AUUAAUGCACCAAACAUACAAAGGCUCAUACCGGGCAGCGAGCUUACCACUCCUCAACCAGAGCGCUUCGCCGCGCGCGCGUCUCGUGAAUUCUGGGCCGAAGGCUCCCUUUGACGUGCCACCGCGCGCACGGGCUUAGCUAUUUUGAUUAGCGAAGUGCUCGCGCAAUGCCGGGCGAGGGAGCAGCUGGUGCAGCGGGCGGGGGCUCUGGGCGUGCAGCAGAAGUCCGGCUCUACGUCGAUUUCAUGAGUCAGCCCUCUCGGUGUGUCGUUAUCUUCAGCAGGGUAAACGGCCUGCCAGUGGAGGUCCGACCCAUCUUCAUACACAAGGGCGAGACACGCUCCCCUGCCUACUUGGCGCUGAACCCGCUGGGCAAGGUGCCGCUGCUGGAAGACACGGCCGCAGCUGCCUCCAGCUCCUCCGGGCCCGGACCCGGACCCGCCGCAGCCGCGGGCGGAGCUGGCGGCAGCUGCGUCCUGCGCCUGCCCGAGAGCGCCGCCAUCAUGAGCUACCUCGCUGACAGGUUCCCGGGCCGUGUGGCGGAGCACUGGUUCCCGCGGUCGGACCUGGCGCACCGGGCCCGGGUGGAGGCGGCGCUGCACUGGUACCAGGGCAAUAUUCGUGCCGGCGCCGCCAAGCUGUCAUUCCACAAGGUGAUUGCCAAGCGGCUGGGUGUGCCCAGUGACGAGCGAGUGGCGUUGGACGCACUCAAGACACUGCAGCUGGCCCUGUCGGCGCUUCAAGACGUGUGGUUGGGCGGCGGUGUCAGGCGCUUCAUGACCGGCGAGCUGCCGUGCGCGGCCGACCUGCUGGCGUGCUGCGAGCUGGAGCAGCUGCGCAUGCUGCGUGCGGUUGAGCACGGCACGGACAUGGAGGCCCUGAUGGCGCCCUACCCGCAGGUGCUUGCGUGGCAGCAGCGCGUGCGCGAUGCCACCUCGCCGCACUACGCCCAAGUGCACCGCGUGCUCAUGGCGGCGGUGGCGCAGAAGGCGGCGCCGGCGGGGUCGGGGGCGGUGGCGGGGGCGGGGGCGGGUGGGGCGGGCGGCGGCGCGGCGCAGAGCAAGCUGUGAGGGCCGGGGCAUGUGAGGCGCAUGGCUGCAGACGAGCGGGACGGACCUGAGGGGCUGCUCGCUGAGGAUGAUGAAGUUGUCAACGUAAAUGAGUGUAUUGCGUGCGAGCUGCAUUUUAGGUUAACGCUACAAAAGGCGGCGAAUGAUUUCAGUUGUGGGACCUGGCGGGCGAUGUUGCGACUGGGGCACCGAGGGAGGCGCGUGGAACUCCAAAGUGUCGCACACCCAAAGGCCGUGUUACAAGACAUCUUUCGAAUGUCGUAUGGUCGUACUGCACUACUGCACGCCUGGCCGCCAUGUCCCCUCCCCCAGGCGUGAGUGUCUCCCAACCCGCCCAGAUGAAAGCGGCAUUUGAGCCCCACCCCGGCAUCCAGCGUGCACGUGCGGUGUGCCCUGCCUCCCAGCGCCCCCGCCCGGUCCUGGCACUGCUGGCAGUAGUUGGCUUACGACUUAGAUAGCCCCCGCCUCAGUAACGCGGAUACUGGAUAGGCGCCUGGGGCCGUGGCCUCCGCGAGUCCGUGACCUGUGACCCUCCGCUUACAACACCCAGAUGCUUGUGAGGGGGCUUGCAUAGAUGUAAGCUUGCAUAGAC